AGCAGCAGGAGGCCAUGGCUGUAUAAUGACAGACGUGGAAAGUGUCAGGAGUGACUAACAAACUUAGGGGGCGAAAAAGGCUUGAGAGCAAAAACCAUCGCUUUUCCGUAAGCUCCUGGAGGUUUCACUGGACACAGCAAGAUGAGUCUGGAUAAAGCAGAGCUUUGUGAUUCACUGUUAACCUGGUUACAGACAUUUCAGGUGCCAUCAUGCAACAGCAAGCACAGCCUAACAAGUGGAGUGGCCAUUGCACAUGUGCUGCACAGAAUAGACCCCUCUUGGUUUAAUGAGACAUGGCUAGGCAGGAUCAAGGAGGAGAGCGGGGCCAACUGGCGCCUCAAGGUCAGCAACUUGAAAAAGAUUCUAAAGAGCAUGCUGGAAUAUUAUCACGAUGUGCUCGGUCAUCAAGUAUCAGAUGAACAUUUGCCAGAUGUUAACCUUAUAGGAGAGAUGGGAGAUGUCACUGAGCUGGGCAAACUGGUACAGCUUGUACUGGGCUGUGCUGUUAGUUGUGAGAAAAAACAAGAACAAAUCCAGCAAAUAAUGACACUUGAGGAAUCUGUCCAGCAUGUUGUGAUGACAGCCAUUCAGGAGCUGUUAUCAAAAGAACCUUCAUCUGAACCUGGAAGCCCAGAGACCUACGGUGACUUUGACUACCAGUCCAGGAAAUAUUAUUUUCUGAGUGAGGAGGUAGAUGAGAAGGAGGACCUGAACCAGCGCUGUCAAGACCUAGAACAUCAGUUAUCAGUGGCGCUGGAGGAGAAGUCGGCCCUUCUGGCGGAGACACAAGCUCUGAAGGAGAAGUUGAGCCGCUGCGACUCUCUGGACGCCUCUACCACUGCCAUCACUGGCAAGAAGCUGCUGCUGCUGCAGAGUCAGAUGGAGCAGCUUCAGGAGGAGAACUACAGACUGGAGAACAGCAGAGACGACAUGCGUGUUCGGGCAGAGAUAUUGGAGCGCGAGGUGGUCGACCUGCAGCAACGUAACGAAGAGCUGACCAGCUUGGCGCAGGAGGCCCAGGCCUUCAAAGACGAGAUGGACAUUCUCAGGCAUUCGUCUGACCGGGUGAACCAGCUCGAAGCACUGGUGGAGACGUAUAAGAGGAAGCUGGAGGAUCUGGGGGACCUGCGCAGACAGGUGCGCCUCCUGGAGGAGCGCAACACCGUGUACAUGCAGCGCACCUGCGAGUUGGAAGAGGAGCUCCGCAGGGCCAACACCGUCCGCAACCAGCUGGACACCUAUAAGAGACAGGCUCAUGAGCUUCACACCAAGCACUCGGCAGAGGCCGUGAAAGCUGAGAAGUGGCAGUUUGAGUACAAGAACCUUCACGACAAGUAUGACGCACUGCUGAAAGAGAAAGAACGUCUGAUCUCAGAAAGAGACACACUUCGGGAGACAAACGAUGAGCUCAGGUGUGCACAGGUCCAACAGAGGUGUCUCAGUGGAGCAGGAGGCUUGUGUGACAGUGGUGUCACAGUGGGAAACCUUGCUGCAGAGAUCAUGCCUACUGAGCUCAAGGAGACGGUGGUGCGUCUACAGAGUGAAAACAAGAUGCUGUGUGUCCAGGAGGAGACCUACAGGCAGAAACUAGUGGAGGUGCAGGCUGAGCUGGAGGAGGCUCAGCGCAGCAAGAACGCCCUGGAAACUCAGAACAGGUUGAACCAGCAGCAGAUCUCAGAGCUGCGUUCUCAGAUCGAGGAGCUCCAGAAAGCGCUCCAGGAGCAGGACAGCAAGACUGAGGACGCAAUCUCCUCCUUAUUGAAGAAAAAGCUUGAGGAGCAUUUGGAGAAGCUCCACGAAGCUCACUCAGAUCUUCAAAAGAAAAAAGAGGUCAUCGAUGACCUCGAGCCCAAAGUGGACAGUAACAUGGCCAAGAAGAUAGAUGAACUCCAGGAGAUCCUGCGGAAGAAGGAUGAAGACAUGAAGCAGAUGGAGGAGCGAUACAAACGCUAUGUGGAGAAGGCGAGAACGGUGAUCAAAACCCUGGAUCCCAAGCAGCAGCCAGUGACUGUGAGUCCCGACAUUCAGGCUCUGAAGAACCAGCUGACAGAGAAGGAGAGAAAAAUCCACCAUCUGGAGCAUGACUAUGAGAAGAGCAGAGCCAGGCAUGAACAAGAGGAGAAACUCAUCAUCACUGCUUGGUACAACAUGGGGAUGGCGCUGCAUCAGAAAGUGUCCAGCGAGCGCACGGGACCCUCCAACCAGGCCAUGUCCUUCCUCGCCCAGCAGAGGCAGUCCACCAACGCCAGGAGAGGCCUGACACGGCACCACCCGAGAUAGAACAUCCAGGCAGCAGAACAAGCAUACUGAAAUUUAAAAAAAAAAAGAAAAAGAGCAUAGAGAGGAUGAAGUGAUCUACAGCAAACUUCAUGUGAACUCCCUGAGACU